UCCCUCCUCCACCUCCUCCUUCUCCCCGAGCCUCCCUCCCGUCCUGACUCUCGAGGAAAUAUAGUGGCGCGGGCGAAAUAAACAGAGAGAGGUUCGUUGUUAUUACGAGGGUAAAAAUAUCUCGCUCGAAGGUAUACGUAUGCGUCUGCGUAUAUUAUAUACGCACACACACACGGACAGGAUCGCGCGGCGUUUAGUUGUCAGCUUAGCGCGAAGGCCAGGCUUUUCGCCGUUGGGAGUCGCAUGCGAUACGAGCGAGCGAGUUCGCCUCCCUUUGAAAAACGCAUGUGACAAGUAGACGUAAAAAAGGGUCACGUGUGUACAGGGUUAAAACGUAAGUGAAUGGGAGUAAUAAUCGGUAGGAAGGGUGAAAGACAAGAAGAAAGAAAAAAAAAAGGAAACUGUGUCAACGUUGAUCUCCUUCGGUCGUAUAUAAUCCAUGCGCUACGUUUGUAACUGUAUGAGCGCGCGCGCGCGCGUGUGUGUGUGUGUGUGUGUGUGAUGCGAAGCGAUCGAGGGACCAAGUGAGCUCUGGCAAGAAAAUUUAAGGGGGUGGAAAACCGGCGCGGGGGCGGCCGGCCUUAUCGUAUAGGAGGGAAUCGGGACGGAUCGCGGAGGUUCCUCUUCCUCCUUCGAUUCAUCCUAUCCGGGUUGCGUUGUGUACACCUCCGGCAGCGCGGCCGUCGGCGUCGCGUCGCGUCGCGUCGCGUCGGUGGUGGUGGACCGGUGCGAAGGCGCUCCCAAGCCACUCGCCAAUCAAUACGUGGGAACUCUCGACCCGACUCGACCCGACUCGCCGGCGAGCACCGCGCCUGCCACCAGCGGGCUGGAGCGGGAACGCGAAGCCAACAUCAUCAUCACACACACCGUCUCUUAUACCGCCACACAGCACACCCCUGAAAACGAAAGAGCCGAAAAACUAUUUUUACUCAACUCGCACAUACCAUCAAGCACGAAAAACGAGCCACAACCGUUCGGAUUAUACCAGUAGAAGGAGAUACCCGAACGACCGGAGAAACACACGUACCUACCUAUCCGUCGUAAUGCUGGAGUGUGCGUCGGGUGUGUUGCACCGGAGUGUUAUAACCGUCGUCGACGGCGACCGGUACUUUUGUUGAAAAUUAACGAAAUAAGAAGAGGAGAAGAAAAAAAAACAAACAAAAAACAAGAUACAAACAAAUAAUCGAAGAAAUUAAUAAAAAAAAAAAAAAAAAAUAAAGCCAACCAAUCAAACGAGGGGAACAAGCUUUCGCCGAAUACACCCGCAACCACAGCAGCAGCAGCAGCAGUGACAACUGCAGCAGCGGUUCGAAACUGGGAUAUAUAUCGAAUACACCUGUAUACACGUUUUUUUUUCCUCCUUCCCCGCCCCCCCGCCCCCUCCCCCUCUCCACCGUUCUGUCUCUCUCUCUCUCCCUCCGGCCCCUCUUUCUUUCCGAGAACCCUCGAUAAAGCCCACAUUACUGUGUGAACGCGAGUGCGGGUGACCGAGUGGCAACGCGUUGUCUUGUACCGGUCAUAGAUCAGCGGUGCUGUUUGGUUGGAGGAAAACGCGGAGAAGCUGGUGCGGCACGGAGGAGGCACGGGCGGCUUCGACGACGACGACGACGAGGAGGAGCAGUAGUUAUCUGGCGAGAAGCGCCGAGGCGGAGGAGGAGGAGGACGAGGGCAAGGAGGACCCCGGGCGAGGUGCGCCGUACCCGAGGACGUCAUCAAUGGAUCGCGAGAAGACGACGCGAGGCCUCGGCAGCACGCGGACGAUCCCGGAGCUGAGCUAGGGCCAUCUCCUUCCCUCCCUCCCCCCCUCUCUCCCGACCUCCCGAUCCACCCGUCAUCCCUUCCUCCCGCCCUCCCGCCCCCCAGCGCCGCUUAAAAGCCCUCCUAGCGUCAUCCCGCCAAACCGAAACCUCCCCAUCGGGGAAUACGGGAGGAAUGCUGCUGCUCCGCACGACGCGGAGGAGUUGCCGGCCCUGCAGAGGGUGAAAGUAGCGGUGAAAAUACUGACUGGGGGGGGUUAAACGAAGGAAAUAAUACGGGAGGAACGAAAAAGAAAAGAAAAACUGAACAAGAGGAAGAAAAAGAAGAAGAAGAAGAAGAAGAAGAAGAAGCGGAAGGAGAAGAAGAAGAAGUUCCAUUCGGGGUGCCUCGUGUGUGCGGGAUUAUUCUGCGGGGGGUGCAGUGAGAGAGUUCGUGCGGUGUGCACAUUUGGAUUAUAUUUGGUGCUGCAGUGAACGGCUUCGGUGGUCAUCGGAAAGAUCGGAAAGUGUGUUGCAUAGGAGUGACGUGUGGUACGGUGUAAUACGUAGCGGGACGUUAGUCGGGUAUAACGCUGACGGGGUGCGGGAAGCAUGCGGGGUUCGGGCGAGGCCCGGCGAGGUGGCCCCGGAGGACCAGGCUAAGGAUCGCUACGAGUCACCCGCACCCGCCGCACCCGCACCCGCACGGACACCUCAUCGCCAACGAGGAACGUUGCUCGACACCGAGCAACUGGUUACGCGGAAGGCGAGCUGGACUCGCUUUCAAUCGCAUGGAACAUGAUAGAGAUGUCGAGCGGAAUCGGUGCAACUGCGAUGGGGAUCGGUGUUAGUCAUGGAACGGAAGGGGGUGGCUGUCGCUUAAGAGCGCAGAGCCAAUCCCAGGGCCAGUCGCAGAGUUCAGGAACAAUGGUUCAGCACGGCAACCCGCAACAAUCCACACAGCAACAGCAGCAGCAACAGCAACAGCUACAGCUACAGCAGCAGCAACAACAGCAACAACAGCAGCAGCAGCAGCAGCAACAGCAACAACAACAGCAACAGCAGCAGCAGCAGCGCGCUGGUACGCGUGACGCAUUUGUUGGACGAUCUAAAAAGGACAACUGUUGCCUGUGCUGGUGCUGCUGUUGCAGUUGCUCGUGGAACAAGUGUUUGGCUGCUGUCGGCGGUGGAGGCCCAGGGGGUGGUGCCGGCAACUCCGGGGACCAGGGAAAGAAGAAAGGCGGAGGCGGUGGGGACUUGGGUUCCGGGGGUGGCACCGGGGGUGACCUCACGGGCGAUGGCCUCGACGGCCUCGACGGAAACGGUGACGUCGCCUGCAGCAGCUUCGAGGAGAUCAGAGAGUGGGGCUCCUCGUUCGACAGGCUGAUGCACAGCGCCGCGGGGCGCAAGCUCUUCCGCGAGUUCCUCGUCAGCGAGUACAGCGAAGAGAACAUUGCCUUUUGGCUUGCCUGUGAACAGCUCAAGCUCGAACGAAACCCGGAGCGCAUCGAGGAGAAGGCUCGAUACAUCUACGAGGACUACAUAUCCAUUCUUUCGCCGAAGGAAGUGAGCCUGGAUUCGCGAGUGCGAGAAAUCGUGAACAGGAACAUGGUGGCACCAACGCCAAACACAUUUGACGAGGCGCAGCUCCAGAUCUACACACUGAUGCACCGAGACUCGUAUCCACGUUUCGUCAACAGCGACAUCUACAGAAGGGUGGCACGCCUGGGAAGCGGACCGCCGAGUCCAUCGAGCGGCGAGCAAGGAUUGCCGCGGAGCAAAUCAAGGUCGACGAAAGAGAAGGACAAAGACAAGGACAAGGACCGGUCCUUGGCGAUGGCAACGUAAUCCAGACCAUCCCCUCUAAACGCUGCAGAAGACUCGAUCUCCGCAGAACUACUUCGAUACUCGGUAACGAUAUAAUAAUAUCUUACGGAGUGAGAUGGCCAUGCAAAGGUACCUGCAGGAUAACAGCGGCAUGACCUGGCCUCACGCCGCCGUCAGACAUUCCCUGUUGAUUCUUGGUCAACCCUCCAGGAUGCCCACUUAAGAUUGCAGUCUCGUUGCCCAGGGUUGAGGGCUGGUUGCACCAUUCCAGGGACGGGACCAUACGGAAGGACCUCGAAGCCCGCUGGACGAAAAAUAUGAGUUUCGGAAACUUGACGAGGAUGCCGCGACGUGAAAUGACAUUAAUAAAAUAGGCGGGGGGGUGGGUGCAGGCGGGCUGCUGCUAUAACCGCUACUGCUGCUGCUACCGUAAAUUAUAUACAUAGAUAUAUACAUAUACUUGACUGCAUCAACGGGUAUACAUAAUAGGUAUAUAUAUAUAUCGUAUAUAUAUAUAUUAUUGGGUAUAAUAACCAUCGAAGAAAUGCGCAACAAUCAAUAAUCAAUCAAUGAUGAUAUAUGCUAUAAUAAUAACAUUAAUGAUAAUAAUAAUAAUAAUAAUAAUAAUAAUAACAACAACAACAACAACAACAACAACAACAGUAAUAAUAACAAUGAUGAUGAUAUCUAAUAAUAAUAACAAUAAUAAAUAAUAUUAGUAGUAAUAAUAUAUAUCUUAUACGCAUGAGCGAACGGAGAAACGAGAAGCACGUACAUAUAUUAUACAUUAUAUAAUACAUGUAUAUCUAAAAACGAACAAGGAUAUAAUAUAAUAUACAUGUAAAAUAACAAAAACAAAAACAAAAACAAAAACAAAAGAGAAAACCAAAAAGAAACACGAGUAAACGAAGAUUUAAGCUCUUUACACGCACAACCAAAGUUCAUCACUUACUAUACUACAUACCGUAUACAUAUAUAUAUACAUAUAUAUAUAUAUAUAUAUAUAUAUAUAUAUAUAUAUAUAUAUAUAUAUAUAUUUAUACAUACGUGUUUGUAUAUAUACUAUGUUAAAUUAUAAUAAUGCAUAAAUCGUCGAGAAUAAGGAGAACAAAAAAAAGAAGAAAAAACCAUUUAUACACGCCGCUUCAAGUAGCAUGAUGUAUACCUAAAUGUGCGGGUACGUCUGUUGUACUGUAAUGCACCUGUACAUUUCGCUAGCCGUUGAUUGAUUGCACAUAUUUUUAUGUUUUUCCUAUACUGCUGUAGUCGGUCGGUGUGUGUACCUGUAAAUGAAGUGGCGUCGUUAAUUAAUGUAGGCAUAUAGUUACUCUGACCGUCUCCGAGACAACUGGGACAGACGCUACAGCAACGACAAGAACAACAUCAAAAACACAAAAACAAAAUAUUAAAAGAAACGAAAAGCAAAAUAUGAAAAAAUGAAAAUGGCACAGAAACAAAACGUCACUAUAUUACCUAUCCAAUUACUGUAUAGUAUAUCUGUUGCAUUAACUUUUUUGAUGUAGGUACAUGAAUACGUUAGACAUAUACGUAUAUAUAUAUAUACAUACGUACAUACCUAUAUACAUACGCAUACAUGGAACAUCUUAUACCAAACUCGUUACCUGUCAUUUUUUAUUAUACUCUAUAAUAAUUAUAUUAUAUACUAUUAUAAUAUAUUGUUGUAAUUAUAACCAUUGUAUUUAUAAUAAUAAUUACGUGAAGAAUACGAUUGAAAGUGAGAAUGAGUGAGAGUGAGAUGUGAAAAAGAAACGGAAGAAUUGAGCAGGUGAAAAAAGAAAGAAAGAGAGUGUGACACGGUGGUUGAUCUCUAUCGCAGAUCCAGAUAUAUAUAUAUGCACACUUAUACUAUACGUAAAAUAAUUUCUUACUUCAGGAAAGCAAUUGGAAUGAAUGCCCAUGUGUAAACGCAGCCAUAAAUAUACAAUCGCCUAUGUAUAACUCGAACGGAUCUUGAAAAUGAGAAAUCAGUUACGAAAGAUGGAAUAUUAAUAUCUGACCCGAAAGAAAAUUAUUUACGGGCGGAUACCUGCACAAAUUUUCUCUUUUUAACCUGAAACAAUAUGCCAAAGAAAUAUACAGUACCUUGUACACUUAUAUUCUAUAAAUGUAAAAUCGAGUAAGACGUAUUUUAUACUUAUGGAUAUAUAUGUGUCUGUGUGUAUGUAUAUAUAUAUAUAUACACGAGUCAUACAGUAGAUGAUACGUCGAGCUUCGAAAUGUACAGAUUGUACUUUAUACCGCUUAAGAUGUAAGCUACUGUUAUGCAGGCCCUUGUACCUAUACUUACUUCUAAUGAUAACAAGUUAUAGAAUUCGUAUAAGUAUGUAAUAUACAUACAUGCAUAUACAUAUACAUAUAUAUAUAUAUAUAUAUAUAUAUACACAUGACACCUUUUAAUCUGCGGACAGGGAGGAGAACACGCGUGGUCUAUUAUCGAGGGCCUAAAGACGAAACGUGGGAAGAAAUUGAAAAUUUCUUCGUUCAUUUGUAUUUUAAAUUGAGUAAAUUAAACGCGUAUUUAUAUCCCCUCCCACCUUACCUGACCUGUACGUUUACCUAUUGACCUACCUACUCACCUACUUGUCUGCCUACCCGCCUAGUCUACCGUUUGACUCUUUCUAAUGUUGUUACACAUACGUUACAUAUACAUAUAUACGUAUAUGCAUAUGUGUAUAUGUAUACGUAUAUUAUAUUAUAUACUCAUGCGUAUAGUUAUCGCGCCCUAUACAUACAUACCGUUGAAAUAUGAUGCAUUCAGCAAGAGGAAUGGAAGAGAAAUCGAUGCGUAUACAUAUAUUAGUUGUACAAAUGAAAAGAAAGAACCAAAAAAAGAAAAUCAACAUAUUUUUUUUACGAUAUUAUUUAUCUAACUACAUGGUAAUUUCGUAUUCUUUGUUUGUUUAUUUAUUGAUUUAUUUAUUUAUUUAUUCAUUUAUACGAUACGUUGAUAGUGGUGAUACGUUUGUUAUAAACUGGAAGAAAAAUAUUUAACCAAAGAGAGAAAAAUAAUUAUAUAGUUAUUGUACUUAUUAUUUUUAAUUAUCGUUAUAAUUAUAUUUACUCAAUAAUAUAUGUGAAAUUCGGUAACAGGUGAUAUCCUUAACCGUAUAAAAAAAAAAGUCUACAGCUAUAUCGGAUACUAAACACUUGUAAUAAAUUAUUCUACUGAAUGUGCAUUAACAUAUAAUUAAUCGUUACGUAUAUAAGUCUUAUUUACAGUUUAUCCCAAGUUAAUCAAUUUAUAAAUUCUGCGUUUUAUAUAUAUAUAUCAAUAUAUAUAUAUAUAUCAAUAUAUAUAUAUUCUUAUACAUACAGUUGAUCGAAAAAAUUUCACAUUUAGUAGAAUAAUCUGAACACGUAUCUAUGUACCAUUAUUUUGGAAUCCAAUUGUACCCACGAUGACACACUUCAACAUUCUGACGAAAAUCCGUACAAUUUGAGCCUGAAACGUGAGGUAUACAAUAUGCAGUAACUUUUUUCACCGAUUCGUUUAGGAAACAGAGGUAUUACGUCCGGUAAUUAUUGCAUCUCGAACGUGGAAUGUGUGAACAUACAUAGAGAGAGAGAGAGAGAGAGAGAGAGAGAGAGAGAGAGAG